AGAUUUGAAGAAGAGAGGAAAAGGGGAGGGAGGGAAGAGGGAAAAGAGAAAUUGAAAUUAAAAUUACAGAGGGAGAAAGAAAUAGAUCGAGGAAAUGGUGUAAAUAGUGGUAAGGGUAAAUAGAUGAAUUAUAUUGAUGAUGAUGAUGAGGAUGAUGAAGAUUUACAAGUCCAAAGAGAAGAACGAGACAGAGAAACUGCGAGACAGAGAAACUGCGAGACAGAGAAACUGCGAGACAGAGAAACUGCGAGACAGAGAAACUGCGAGACUGCAAGACCGCGAGAUAGAGAGAGAGAGACAAGAGGGAGAAAAGAGAGGGUCUGGGCCGAACGGACUGGAACUGAGGAUCAACACUUCUUCAAAAGUCUCUCCGCUGCCUCGAUCAUCCUGGGCUUGUUCCAUUGGUCGACCCUAGCUUUGCUGGCCUAUUUUCAGUUUUCAGUUUUCAGUUUUCGGGUUUCCGUUUCUUCUCAAUCGUGUUUUCCUGAAAUUUUGCUCGAGGCUCAUUCUGCUGGCCAGUCCGUUGGAUGGAUGCUUCUCGUGUCCGUACAUAGCUUCCUCGGUGGAGCUCAAAAGCAAGAGAAGAGAACCCCCGUGGGUGGUCAACGAGUCUUGUUGUCUCGUGUUGCUUGCUGGUUUCCAUUCGAUGUCAUAUCAUCUUCAAUACUAGGUACUGAGGACUUCCUCUCCCUUUCCUCUCUUCCCUUCUGAAACCCUUAGGAUAUGAAGGGAUGUACUGGACUGGACAGCAGUGCGACGAGGACGAAGAGGAGUGAGUCCCUGAAAACGAUCAGGGACGAGGCGUCGUGGAAGGGGGCCAGAAGACGAUCAGAUCUGCAGCGCAGGCUGCUUAUUCCGUUGGAACUAGCAUAAUUUAAAGUCACAGUUGUACUCGUACUAGUUACUUCUAAAUUAACAUACUAGGUGCAGUACAAGUAAGCUGCC